AACUGGGCUAUCGAGCGUAUCAACAAUUCGUUUUUUUUAAAUGGCGUGCAAAGUGUAGCGUAGGUUUCGUGGGUGAGAAGAGAAAUCUGAACGACUAUCUGACAAUGCUCAAAAUGGAGACUCCCUGUAUUUCAUACGUAGCGUUAUAUUUAGUAAGUGCAGUGAUUUGGAGUAGCCACACGAAAUGUGCAACUCAUUGGCGUUUUGAACAUGGUAAAGUGCAUGUAGUUGCUGGUGAGGAAGAAUUGAUUUGGGACAACGAUCCAUUGUUCCGAAUUUUGGCUUCAAUUUCAUGGCAAAAAUCGAAAAACGUAAAAGAGAAUAUGUCCGUUGAUGUUAUUCCUGUUGAUUCUAAUUCCAAAGAAAAUCCUUCUAGUGCUAAAGAAGAAAAUAUUAAUAAUAGUUCCCUGGAUCAGUCAAAUGUUAUUGCUAUGAAGAAAUUUCUAGCUGCUGCACUAACUUGUGGAGAACCAGUAAUUGAGACUCCGAUUGAUCACCUGGAAGGAAUAGCUGAAAGGUUCUCUCACCCAGUUUCUUCAGAGCCAGAAGUUGCACUAUUAUUUCGAAAAAACGAGUUUGACAAUGUACAAACAGACGUCAUCGAAGUGAACUUGAUAGAUGCUUUAAAAUCAAGUGAAAACAAAUUGAUCUUGUUCAACCAGAUUGGAAACUUUUUACGAAUCAAGGGAGACACCUAUCACGCCAUUGAAUGUUUUCGCAGCGCACUAGUGAUUUCCUAUAACAACGCAGAUAUACUCCUGAAUUUGGCAAGACUCUUGUUAAAUUUGAAUUACAUAAAGGACGCCCUUUAUUUAGUUGAACAUUCUCUGGAUCAGCAAUCGGCCGAACAGAGUACAUGGCUGCAACAUUUUACGCUGGGAGAGAUUCUCGAAAAGAAUGGAGAACUUGAACGAGCCUUGUCGCACUUUCAAAUGGCAUUGGACGAAAACCCUGCUUUCCAUCCAGCAAAAAUAAACAUAAAAAAUUUAGGCAAUGUGUCCACACCAGUAUCAGCAAAUGUGUAUACGUUUUGCAUAAUUUCAGUGUUGUGUUUCUUUAUCUUGACAUACGUUUAUUUCACGAUCAUCAAAGAACCCGAUGAAGAAAAUAACAACAAAGAUAGAAGGUCUUUUAUCUUUAAAAACACUUAACAGAUCACGAAACAGUGGAAAUGUUUAUGUAUUUAGAUUUUUUUGCAGUUUUUUCCCUCUUUCUUUUUCCUUUUUUUUAAUUGCAAGUCUUUAAACAGCAAUGUUGUAUAUUUAUAAAAAAACUAAGAUUGUAAAAAAGAUUUUUAGCAUGCAUUUAUACUUUGUUUGUUUAACGGUUUUUAUGUAUUUAUAUAUUCAAUUCUUUUUUUCAUUUUGGAUAAUGUUUUUCACUAAAGAAGUAGGCCAAAUCAAA